CUUUAUAAAAUAAUUUUAAAAGAACUUAAAACUGCCCGUAAUUAUAUUAUUAAAAAUCUAAAAAAAAAAUUUAUUAUAUUUAAUAUAGUCUUAUUUAUCUUUUCUAUUUUAAUAAUAAAGAAAUCUAGAGAAGAACUAUACCUAUAUAUUAAUUAUUAA